AUGGACUCACCGUCCGACGGCUCGCGCCGCAACUCCCCGCAGCCAGCAAUCGCACAGCGGCCAAAGAUCGUCGGCAGCCAUGCCUCGAGCGCUGAUGCAGGAACAGCCACUACGGCCGCUCCUAUUCCAGACGAGGACCAUGGCGUGGAUCUGCCUCUGACUAUGGCAGCCUCGGUCGUCUUGACUGGGCUUCCCCAGGAUGCCCACCGAGCCUUGGCUGAUGCCGAAGCCAUUGAUACGGGAAAAGUCACAGUUCGGUUUCACCCGCUUCCUUCGGCGCCGAUUUUACGAAAAGCCGUCUUCAAAAUCUCUGCAUCCCAGAAGUUUGAGACGGUCGUCAACUUUCUCCGCAAGAAACUGGACUGCAAGGAGACCGACUCUGUCUUUUGUUACAUCAACAACGUUUUUGCCCCGUCGCUUGACGAAGGUAUUGGAGGGUUGUGGAGAUGUUUUAAAAACGAGACCGACGACCAGCUCUGGGUGCAGUAUUCCAUGACUCCAUUCUUCGGGUAG